GCGCUGCGGGGGCGGCCGCCAUAUUGGGCAGCGCUGGGGCCGGCGGAGACUGACAGGAGGAGGCGGAGCGGGGCCGGGCCGGGCCGGGCCGGCCGGGCAGACUAAUUACUGCCUGGACUUCAUGAACAUAAAUUCCUGAGCCUGCUGAACUCCCUACCCCUCUGCUUUCCACCAUGGAUCAGGAUUAUGAGAGGCGUCUCCUACGCCAAAUCAACAUACAGAAUGAAAACACAAUGCCUUGCGUAGCAGAGAUGAGAAGAACCCUGACGCCUUCCAAUUCUCCGAUGUCUUCUCCUAGUAAGCAUGGUGACAGAUUCAUUCCCUCAAGAGCUGGGGCCAACUGGAGCAUCAACUUCCACAGAAUAAAUGAAAACGAAAAAUCACCAAGUCAAAACAGAAAAGCAAAGGAUGCUACAUCAGACAAUGGCAAAGAUGGCCUUGCUUACUCUGCCUUGCUGAAGAAUGAACUCUUAGGAGCAGGAAUCGAGAAGGUGCAAGACCCACAGACGGAAGACAGGAGGCUGCAGCCAUCCACCCCAGAGAAGAAGUCUCUCUUCACUUACUCGCUCAGCACAAAACGCUCUAGUCCAGAUGAUGGCAAUGAGGUCUCACCAUAUUCCCUGUCUCCUGUCAGCAACAAAAGUCAGAAGCUGCUAAGAUCACCUCGAAAACCAACUCGGAAAAUCUCAAAGAUUCCUUUCAAAGUGCUGGAUGCCCCAGAGCUGCAGGACGAUUUCUACCUGAACCUGGUGGACUGGUCCUCUCUUAACGUCCUCAGCGUUGGCCUUGGGACUUGUGUUUACCUAUGGAGCGCUUGUACUAGCCAGGUAACCCGGCUGUGUGAUCUCUCUGUGGAAGGAGACUCUGUAACAUCUGUGGGCUGGUCAGAACGGGGCAACUUGGUAGCCGUUGGCACUCACAAGGGCUUUGUACAGAUCUGGGAUGCAGCUGCAGGAAAAAAGCUCUCCAUGCUAGAGGGGCACACAGCCAGAGUUGGUGCCUUGGCAUGGAACGCGGACCAGCUGUCUUCUGGGAGUCGAGACAGGAUGAUCCUUCAGAGGGACAUCCGCACCCCACCCCUACAGUCCGAGCGGCGGCUCCAGGGCCACAGGCAGGAGGUCUGUGGGCUCAAAUGGUCUACAGACCACCAGCUCCUGGCCUCUGGAGGAAAUGAUAAUAAGCUCCUUGUCUGGAAUCACUCCAGCCUGAGUCCUGUCCAACAAUACACAGAGCAUCUUGCAGCAGUAAAAGCUAUCGCCUGGUCUCCACACCAGCACGGACUCCUUGCUUCUGGCGGUGGGACAGCUGACCGCUGCAUACGCUUCUGGAACACGCUCACCGGGCAGCCUUUGCAGUGCAUCGACACUGGGUCGCAAGUGUGCAACCUGGCCUGGUCGAAACACGCCAAUGAGCUAGUGAGUACCCACGGAUACUCGCAGAACCAGAUCCUCGUCUGGAAAUACCCCUCGUUAACUCAAGUAGCAAAGCUAACAGGGCACUCGUACCGAGUCUUAUAUCUGGCAAUGUCCCCUGAUGGCGAGGCCAUAGUUACAGGAGCUGGAGAUGAAACCUUGCGCUUCUGGAAUGUCUUCAGUAAAACUCGCUCGACAAAGGAGUCUGUAUCUGUUCUCAACCUCUUCACCAGGAUACGAUAAACCCCAUAUUCUGUGACCCAGGAGACUACAGCCUGACAUACCAGGAUAAAACCAUUACCUUGGUGUGCAUGGAACCCCAAACGAUCAGCCAGAAGGGGAGGGAGCACCAGUGGGACUGGAGGAUGGACCCAACAGAUGAUAAUUAAAUAUGUGCUUGUGAACCAUGCUGGGCAGUAUUUGGGAUGGGGUUGGGGAGGGGAGGGAACUGCCAAAGGUUUACGGAUUCAUCCUUCACAGAGGGAAACGGGUACAAGAGAAAUGUUAAACCAGCAUCCCUGAACCCUCAUGUUUCUGUCCUGGAGAGAACAUGUAUGACAUGGACCAUUGAGACCGGACCGAGGCCAUCCCAGCUGCUGUGUUGUCCCCUGUUGGGAGAGAUAUCCUGCCUCUGUGGGAACAGGUUUAACAUGCUGCUCUGGGUCCCUCUCUCCUCGGAUGCGCAUCUUUGCAGGUAGAAGUCAGGCAGGCUUGUUCAAUACAACUGGUGCAAGGGGGCUAGACUCCAGGCUGGGCGUUAGCCUCUCUGAUUAUCGAAGGGCAUUGUUUAUAGCCUGGCAUCCCCAUUACGUGAAGAAACUGGAGAACUGCUUAUUUUCCUUUCUUACCUCCCCACCCAAAAUAGGUACUGUAGUACUUGAUAGAGUCAUUCCCUUAAUACAGCUUGAUUUUUUUUUUUGGCAUGCUUAACACCUGCCUUCAAAUACACUUUUGGGCUCUAAACUUUGGAGGAGACUUGAAGAGGCUCCACCUCAGAAGGAGCGCAUUUGGAAAGUUCUGAAAUUGCUAUUGCAUGUUCUGGGCUGAUCCUCUUAGUUAACAGAGGAAAAACAAUGGCUUUAAAAAAAAAAAAAAAGAAAAACCCCACAACCAAACAACAACCUCCAUGCAUGUGGAGCUUCCCACAGUGCCGUUUGUGGCAGGCUGGUUGCUCUGGAGUCUUCCUGAGGACAAAAGCAGUUGAGAUGUAUUUGAGAAACAAAACAACUCAUGUGGAUCUGUUUUUUUGGAGGGAGCGUGGCCUCUUCUGGCUGGAAGGAGGGAAACACCAUGUCUGGGCAAGAGGGGGUUUCUUCUUCUAGAGCAAGGAAGAAGUAUUGCUUUUUUUUUUUAAUCUCCAAGUCAAAGCCAGGGACCUAUUGUUGGGUUUUUUGUUUUUUGUUUUUUAAGUUGUAUGGGAAGAGAGUGCCUGCUUGUGUGUUUGAAGCCUGUGUGAUGGGUGCUGUGGGAUGUGAUGCAAAGCACUUGUGUGUAUGUGUUACUUUUAAUUUAAAGAGAAGCUGUUACGCUUGCAGCAGCCUGUUCCUGUCUUACUUUGUACAUGUGCCAACGCUCUCCCUGCCGUGCGCCUGGCUCCUGCCUGCCUUCUGCCCUCUCUUGUGCACUGGGAUGCGAGUGCUGUUUCCUGUUCUCGUUUGGAUUUUCCCGGCUGUGUAUAUAUAGACCUUGACCUGUUCUCUGUAGAGUGUAUAGGCAAUACUUUUUCUCUCCUUCCCUCCCCUUCUUUCCCUGAAACCAGACUGUAGAGGUGGCGGUAGGAAUAUGGCUGUGUCUCCCCAGUGCCACUGGUAUCCACAGGGUGAGUUUCUGUGGUGUAGGAAGGCUGGGUUGGAGAAGGGCAGCGAGGUGCUGUUCUGUUCACUACAGCCUUGACCACAUGUGCCGUUAUAACAGGGCUGGGAUCAGGCUUUCGGUGCUACCUCUGCCUGUCGCAGGUACUCGGAGGCUCGCGUACCGGGAGCUCGCUGCUCCUCAGCAGGCUGGCAGCGCCGAGUCUCCAAAGCCCAAACCGGCAGUCCCAUCCUUGUCUUACAGCCUCACUUGCCUCUGAAAUGGAAUCUCAAUGUAAGUUCUGCAAUCCUGUUUCAACACAACUACUUUAUUGUAGUUCCUGCUGCAGGAGCACGGGGUGUGGUUUAAAACUCAUCUGAUGGCCCCCAGCCCCUCUCCUGUUGCUUAUUACGUUCACUGGCACUGUUAAAUUUCAUGGGGUGGGAAGGACCACGGCAAAGCACUGAGGAGUUGUUAAAAUUAAGUCAGAUCAUUAAGUUGGUGAGCAGGUCUGAAAUGAAAGGCCACCUGCAGCAAGAGGUGGUCUGUCACGGGUGCCUGUCCUGUGUGAUAUCGCCCUGUUGGGUUGUAGGGGAUGGGGAGUGUUUACACCAGGGGUGGAGGUGGUUGGUAGCUGCUGCUGUGAGUUUUGUCUGUCGUGGAUUGUCUCCUGCCUGAAUCCUGACACGCACACCCCCCAGGAGAUGCUGCUUUCUCCUCCAGGAAGAAAUAAAUGGUUGGGGUGGGGGCACACAUGCGGUCUCAGCCGAUGGUUUGUGACCGUUCUGGAGCAGGAGGAGGGAGCCGGGCAGCCCAGCCAGAGCACGGGAUGGCACGGGGCAAGUGUGGUGCUGCUGGGACUCCCUGCUGCCCCAGGCCUGCUGCAGGGACGGUGGCUGGAGUUCGGAGAGGGUUUGCCUCUCGCCCUGCAGUGUGGGUGCUUCCCCCAGAGGAAUCCCAGGGUGACGGGCAGUGCAUCUGCAGCUGGGCACUCGCAGCUGCGUCCCGGGAUGCUGCAGAGAGGGGACAGCCCCCCUCUGCUCUGGCCCUGCGUCAUGCUCCUCUCUUGCCAGGGACUUGCACACACCACGUCUCUUUUCUCACUCUGGAGCUGCCUUGGGAGCAGGUUGGCUCACUGUGACUUCUCUCAUCGUGCUUGGCAGGGAUGGCUAGUGAUUUCCAAGCCAUGGCUGGUGUGCAGCUGAGUGCAUUGGCUAACGAGCAAAGCGAGAACGAGCUGUUCAGGUUGACUUAGCUGUUAAAGCAUGGCACAGAUGCCUUCCCCCACCCUCCUCGCAACUGCCAAGGCUGGAGCGGAGUUCCCAGAAGUGCUCUCUGCAGGUCUUCCACUGCAAGAGUGUGUGUUGGUGGGUGUGUGCGUGUGUCUCAGCUCCUGUAGGCGAGCGGUGUGACACUGUUGGCUGGCUGGAGUGUGCUGCAGCGUGUUAAAUGGGGAAAAGAGCAAAGCUAACGUAAGCUUGUGUUUUCUGUGCGUGACCUGUAAGUGCUGAACCAUGCGGGCGGGUUGAGCAAAGGGUCCUCCCAGAGUUUGUGUGAUAAAGUCUGCGACCUUGUAGCAUUGUUAUAUAUAAGGCAUCAUAUGGUGGAAAAAAAAAAAAAGUGUUGUAACUUUUCCAUGUAAAGCAAUCUAACUGGCAUUAAACAAGUUGUGAAUUUA